AUAAACAAAAGUCGAAUACGCAAAAAGUAGAACGAAAAUGACUGCAGCUGCACUUUGAUGUGAUUUUUACGUGAAAAUAUUUGAAAAAUUUACUGCACAAAACACGAUUUUUCUUCAAAUGAACGAGUUAUUUCACAAGACAAAGGAACAAACUUCAAAAUUGUGGUGAAAAUUGUGAAUUUGAGUGCAUAUCAAGCGUUUAAAUGAGAGAUGAAAAUGUGAUCUAGAAGACAUUUUUGUCUGAUGGGUAAAAAUAUUGCUAAUCCAAACUAGUGAAGUGAUAAUAACAAGAUCAAAUGGAGGCACUUGAAGUAUGCGCGCUAUGAUGGACAGCAACGAGAAUGAGAAUUAUUGCUACCAAAAGCAGCAGCAGCCAAUUGCGAAAACCGGGAACUUAAGCAAAGGGGCGAUUCCGAAGGCGGCCACCGGCUUAAAAUGCCAGAAUCAGUUCAACAACAAUAACAAUAUCGCCGAGCAGGAGAACCUAAUGCCGCAUCUGCAGGUAGCAGGUGGCACCGAGAACGGCGAUGGGCCCAAUUGUACGAGCAACGGAUCCGAACCUUUGUUCCAGUCAACGAUUACCGGCGUGGUCAAAACGGAUUCCGAAGAAGCUUUCCUAAAUGGAAAACAGGAAAGUGUCCAAGAUUCCGCCUUCAAUCCGGCGGAUGGUGCUGAAGGUGAAGCGGAUGGUGAUUCCGAUAACAAUUCGCUUGGAAAUCUGUCCUACAUCAGCGAUAAUGGUUUGAUUGAGGAGAUCAUUCUGCUGCCCAAUAAUAUCUACUCGGAUGACGAAAAUGGUUCCGCAUCGGAUGAUUGCAUCUACGCUUACCGGGGGGAUGACGAUGAUGCUCCGGCUUUGUUAGAAUAUCGUGAACAACCCGCGGAUGAUGAGACUGAUUUUUUAGAAAUGGAUUUUGAUCCAGAGCCCAGUUCGGAGUUGGAAAACCUUAACGAGCAUCCCGAAUUGGACGGCGAUAGUGUCUUUCAGCCCACAUCCUUGCCGGCGGAAAGGAUUUCUCGACAGGAUAUAGUUCGGUCACCCCUCAAAAGCCCAAACUUUGAAAGAGAUUCUCCAAAUCGAAGACACGGUGAUGCUUUGGAUGAAUUGGAUGGGGUUGCAACUGUUCAGACGGUUCCCAUUGAAAUGAAGAAAACUGGUGCGAUUCCUAAGAAGUUCUCUUAUUCUCAACAAUCUACCAUUGAGGCACGGGACUACGAACUUGCUGGGCCCAGCAAGUCAUCAUUGAAAGGCAACUCCAAGAAUUUAAAACUGGAUCUUAAACAUUGCACGGAAGGAACCGGCGUUUCAAGUGGCUAUCGAUAUCACUAUCCCUACUACGACGAUUCCGAGUAUAUUGCCGACGACGACGACGAUGACGAUUCCAACUGCUGUUUGGAUUGUACCAAGAAGAAGGGACUGCUCAUGCAAACCAAGCAAGACCUGAGCUUACAGAAAGUGUGUCGAUCGUGCCAUGCACGUAAUCAGCAUCUACAUCACGGGGGAGCAUCCGUAGGAGGACCUCACUCUGACUAUUUUGCGGACACUCUGCAGUCAUUGAAUACGAGCACUUCGGAGGCCGAUCUGAUGAGCGCUCGGGCGGAGCAAAUUGUUCUUCAGGCACUGAACAAAGUCAAUGAGUUGAAGGCCACUCCGCCGAGCAUUGGACUCUCGAAGAGCAUGGAGGAACUUUGUGUCGAGCUGGAAGCGGACCACAGGGAUCAGGAAGUUCCGGAUGAUUUCACGCAAGAUCUUUGUGCGGAUAACACUGUGACAAUAUACACCAUGAACUGCGGAGAAUUGACGAUAAUAGAAGCUUUGACGCGAAUCGGUGUUGCACCGAAUUUAGAUGUCUUGCGGCAAUACUUUAACGAGAGGUACUCAAUAGACACGAGUAAGAUGAACAUCCCGCAGUACCUGUUGUAUAUGUCGAAACGCGAUUGCAACUUUAAAAAGCUAAUCGAUGCCAUUAAAUCGUGCUGUGAUGAACCGUUGGAUGUACAAUACUAUCCGCUGGACCCAUUUUCCGACAUACCGGAAGUGGUUCCAAUUAACUCAAUCGAGAUCACGAAACGAUGGAAUGCCAACACAAAUCUGCGGCAAAUCAUCGACUUCAAACACAAACACUUCCACACGUUGAAUGUGCUUGGCAAAAUCGUCAACAUACUUCGGCAGCCAUCGAGAGGCAAGCACACAAACCAGAUCAUCAAUAUUCCUCAAUACUACAAGAGUGGCUCCAUAACGAUAACUAGGAUAACCUGAGCCGGCUAGGCAGAAUCGAUUACUAAAGCUCUCUCUCUAGUACCCUUUUAUCCGAGCACUGCUUUCAAACCUUGCUUUGUUUAUAUAGGAAUGACCAUUGAUUCAAGCAAAGAAACUGAAGUUACAAAGAUUCUCAUUUAGUUCUACAUGUAUCAGGCUUGAAAGAUAUAUUAAACCGAAGCUUGCUGGCACAAACUAAAAGGUCAUGGUAAUAAUUUAUUAAAUUCCGCUUCUGCUUUCUCAAUUGUGAAAACAAAUGAAAAUCUACCUAACUUAUCUUGUAUCUUGCGUAAAACUUUUGUACAUGAGCUUUCGCACUCAAGUACGUUGAUAUAUUGUAAAUAUAGAUUGUCAAAUAUUUAUUAUUACAAAGUAGCGUUUAGUAAACGGCAUAUCCUUGUUAGAAUGUAUACACAAAAUGGGGAAUCUGAAACAAAGAUUCAAAUAGAAUUAGACUGUUUCUAUCAAUGUAUAUCCCAGUUUACGAGAGGUCGGAGAGAAAGGACGGUUCACAAUAAACAAUAGCCUUGUCACAGAGGAGGUUGACGCAGAAUGGAUUUCCUAUUCCAAACGCCACGAGCAACUGGUUAUUUUACUGGUUGUUGAAAUAUUUAUAUAAACUGCAGCAAUUUGUAUCACUAAACAACCCACAACAAACAAAAAACUACCAUGAGUAAGUUACAUCUAUCACGCUGAAUAUCUCACAAUUACUACAUUGCUGAAACAAAAAAUACAAGUUACAAUUUGA